UACCUGUAAGGUGGGUUUUUUCUACGCAGCCUUCUCCAGGCUUUAAACAUAUCACUUAUGACUAAAAGUGAUAUCAACAACUUGGCCACUUCAUGUGGUGCUGGUAUAGAUCCCAGUGAAGUUGAAGCAUUUCUGACCACCUUCACAAGCUUUGCCAGUCUCCUUUACAUUCCCUCCUACACUGAUAUUGUCCUACUCGAUAUUGAGAGAUUCACUGAUUGCCUCGACAAGGUCUUUGACUGUGGCCGUUCUCUUGAUACAGCAAGCUCCUAUGGAUUCAUUACUGAAGCAGCUAUUGAUGAGUUAGCAAAGGAUGAGAAGUUAGACCCCGAAAUGUUCAAGAUUCUCUUGAAGUCUUUUCGUUUUGCUGUUCCAAUUAGCACAUUGAAAGUGAAGACUCUAGAUUUUUCGAUUGCAGCAGAUCGUUCUUACUACAUUCCUAGCAUGCGUCCUUCAAAAGCAACCAAUGGUCCUCAAUUUCUUUCUCUUUACCUCCAGUACACAUCGUGCAUACCUGGUGAUAUUCAAGUUCUUUUGGUUCGCCAUUUCCUCAAGUACAGCAAUUGCUCUCUUAUUCCUUUCCUACACAUCAAUGCUUCAAUCAUCAGGAUACACCACAAUAAAGAGAAACACGUUGAUGUUACCAUAAUCGACCAUAAAGAUAUUGUGGAGCUGAGAUUGGAACAUGAUUGUUCUACAGAAGCAUAUGAAGCAGCUUCUCCUCUUGUAGUCAAAGCAUGCACUGCUGCCAUGGAAGAUGCCAAGAAGUCGGUCAACGAUUUAGAGUAUUAUUUUUUGCUGCGUUGUACUGACAGUGGUGAAUCCAAUCACCAUUUCAUCUAUCACAAAAUAGAUAAAAGUAAGAGUCUUACAUGCCAGAGAUGCUGCAGUGAAGUGAAGGCUAAUGAUACUAAUCCUGUUUUAUUCAGAAAAGAUUGGGAGUCUACUGUUUCUAAUAUGGUUAAUGAGAGAGAUAAAAAGGAAGAGAUAAAGAAAGGUUCUUUUGAGGCCUCCGAGUUAGCCAACCUUGCAGUAAAGUUGUCAGAAGAGUUAGUGGAUGAGGAGAGCCAGAUAAAGCUUUUGCAUGUAUUGCAAAUAAAAGAGGAAGUUUGGGAUAGCAUAAAAGAGAAUAAUGAUGGAUGGUCAGCAUUCCUAAUGUUGCUGAUGCACUGGAUAAAGAACAACAAAAGAUCAAAGACUGAGCUUGAAGCUCAACUCAAAGAGCUUCAUAUAUUUUUAUAA